AUGGCAGAAUUCGAGAAAGGCGUCGUGCCCCGCAAGGACCUCAACGGUGCUGGUCUGCGCAUUCUCAUAGUCCACACUCGAUGGAACCUGUCUAUCGUCGACCCACUAGUGAAAGGCACGAUAGAAACGCUACGCUCCGCCGGCGUCACCGCCGAAAACAUCCUGGUGCGCGAUGUACCAGGAGCUUUUGAGCUACCCUUCGCUUCGCAGCAACUCCUCAGACAGCAUCCCGACGUGGAUGCCUGCAUAUCCAUCGGCGUAUUGAUCAAAGGCUCCACGAUGCACUUUGAGUACAUAGCGGAUUCAACCUGCCACGGUCUGAUGCGUGUCGGAUUGGACUCGGGCAAGCCGGUGGUAUUGGGGGUGUUGACUUGUCUGACCGAGGACCAGGCGUUUGAGCGGGCUGGGAUCGGGCGUCAGGGCCAUGCCGGACACAACCAUGGAAUUGAUUGGGCUCAAGCUGCUAUCGAGAUGGCGUUGCUGAAUAAGAAGUAGCGCGGUUGACCAGAUACCGCGAGAUUUGGAUGAGAAUUGCGUUGAUGGGCUCAGAGGGCGGGCCUAGAUCGGCAAAUGGAAAUGAUGCCCCGGUGGAGGCACGGCUCAAUGUAGUACAUAGCAUACGCAGACACUAUUGCUAGAGGUCAUGUGCCAGAAUUGACGUGCAAUGGAAGCAGACCUGAUGCACAUUUCCACCCAUAGAAGCGUCGACUGCA